CUUUACUGUUGCAAAACGAGGGAAAAAAAUGGGGAAGGACGAACCGACUUGGUAAAAGUGAUAAAGGUCUGAAACCACUCAACUGAUUCAGAUCAGUAGAAGACAUCGACUGGAUCGUAUUUGUGUUUACCGAUUUCAAUCAUCAAUCUUCAUUUUCAACGAGAGUAGCACAAGGCUUCCAGAGCUGUGAGCCGUAAUUUAAUGGCAAAAAGGAAUUCGCAAUGCUCAAUCGAGUGCUUCGAAGAACCGCCGAUGAGUGCUUCGAGGAAAGCAGUUCGCCAUGCUGGGCGUACUAUUACGGAUGCGAAAGACUGCUGAAUUUUGGACCUCAGGGCAUUAUCGUGGGCGAGGACGGCAGCAAGACUGUGGUGAAGGUACCCCAAUCAUCAUCGACAAUCUCGACCAUCUUUCAGGUUGACUUUAAUGAGCGUCGAUGGCCACCGCUGAAUUAUGAGACGAGCGACGAAGAGGAGCUCUCGGCAACAUUUGACUCUCUCGGGCAGGAUGAAUUGGACGUCCAUCAAUUCGAGGCCAUGGCUGGAGCCAGUGCGACCGACGAGAGUUGCCGUUACUCAACGCAGAGUUUCCAAGAUUAUUCUUUCAGGGCUGCUGCUGCUGCCGUCGUUCCAGCGACGUGCUCCCGACAGCGGCCAACCAUCGUGAGGUCAAACACCCCGCCCCCUCUCGGGAAAACCAUUACACCAUUGCGAGGGAACCUUUCGGUCGUGCUCAGCGCUAUCUACUGCAUCUUCUUGGUCACAGUGGGCGUGGUGAUUGGUGUGGCCGAUUUGAUUUUGCCCGACAAAAACAUCGGAGAAAUCUUUAGCAUUUAUCUGCUCAUUCCUGGACUGGUUUGGUAUGUCGUUCUCCAUAUCGAUUUGCGGCGACACACGAACGCUGUCAACGACCAUCAACAACCCGCAUCGUGGACCGAGCCGGAUUACAUGAGUUGCCAUUCUUUGGAUAGCGAAAAAUUCUCUACGACUUCAGCUGUCAACGGCUACACAUUUCGUCGCGGCCGUCACUCGGGCAGCUUCUUUUUGAAAAUAGGAGCUGCAGGAUUUUGUUUCGGACAUUUAAUACACAGCUGCCUGAUGCUCGCCCGGCAAAUACUUCACUUCACCAGCCAAGAUCCCACGAUACAACGCGACUGUGCCGACACGACCGCACUGAUCCUUUAUCUGCUGCUGCCCGUUUACUCAUUUUACCAGCUCUUCAUUCUCUUCAAAUACUCAAACGUGAUGAUUAAUCGAUGGAACGACUUGGCCAGUUUCGCCCUCAUGCACUCGAUGGCUACCAGUCUCUUCUUUUGGUUCUGGAGUGUUCGCAACGAAACGGUCGACAGUCUACACCACCGGCGACUCCUAAAAGAUCAUCAACAGAAACCCGAAAGUGACACCGCCAUUACGACGAUGUCCUACCUAAUGAAUCUGACUGGAGAAGAGUACACCAACAGCAACUCAAACCUGAUGGGGAUGCUGUGGAAUGGCACCGUCCUGAGCGCAAUGCGCUGCGCCGAAGGCAGUGACUUCUCCGCUCUCAUUCUCUCCUUCUCGCCGUAUCUUUAUCCAUUUAGCAUCGAGUACAGCAUUUUAGUAGCUGGAAUUUGGUUCAUAAUGUGGCAAAAUGUUGGCAAAGUGGACGAUACUUACAGAUCGGGCGACGGUAGCAGGUCGACCUCUCCGAGUCGUAACAACCAUUACGACCAUCAACUGCUACUACGUAAUCAUCUGGUUAUUCACGCUGAUUGCUCUUCGGCCAACCGAGGCUUGUUUGCUGGACUGGUGGUCAUGGUCGCCACCGCCGUCAGCAUUAUCGUUUUCUUCCUAGCCUUUAGCGAUCGCCGUUACGUGCCCACCGGCAUAUGGAUCGGUCUUGUCUCAGAGUCAACGCUGCUUAUUCUAAUGAUUUGCGCCGCUGGCUUGGCGUGCCGCCAACUCGCCGUAUUGGACAUCAACGCCAAUCCUGUCUCCCAGCUCGACGACUUGCUCCUCUUCAUUUGCAUUCCUUCCUUCUUCCUUUAUGGCAUUUUCAGUAUCGUCCCCGCUAUGGCCUAUUCCACUACAUGGCACUUUUCGUCGCCAUCCUCUAGGUGAUUCAAGUCAUCCUGCAAACGCCCACAAUCAUCGACGGCCUGCGCCGCUGCAGCCGCAGUGUCGAAAUGCAGGCGUCUAGACCGGGACGAGAAGUCAUCACCUUCCUCAUCGUUUGCAAUUUGUCCAUGUGGUUUAUGGAAACGCUGGAAAUCAAAUCCUACGAGACCAAUAUGGACCGCAUCCAUUUUUACGGUGAGUGGCUGGUUAUUGGAGCCAAAUGGACGCAUUCAUCUCGACUCAAUAUUGACAUGAAUUUUUACGACACGCGAUCAGGGCACCCACUUUACUUUGGACGCUGCUCAGUCACGUCACUCUGCCAUUGACACUGUUUUAUCGCUUUCACUCGGCUUCGUGCCUGGUCGACAUCUGGAAAUCUGCCUACGAAGCACCAGAACAGUGAGAAGGACUUGGGGUCCUACUAUACGUGAAACAAAUUUCAAGUGUAAUUCUGUUUCGCUCGCGAUUUUUAGCGAUGAUGAGGCGGUCCCUCAACUAGGCCCUCCCGUGUACACAAUACCCACCGUUCUCCAUACAGUAUUGUAUUUUUUGAAAAAAAAUGUAAAGGAGAGAUGUAUGGAAAAAGGAAUGAUGGAUAUGAGCCAGCAGAAAUAUAUCGGCGCGUCAUGGUACUCGUUCCAAAUGCUUCCAACGUACAAAACACACACACAAAUAAAAAUAUUAUCUAGAAAUAAUAAUAAAAAAAGGCUCAACAUU